CGGAGCCGGGAAGCACGUAGGGCUGUGGCAGGACAGCCGCGUCCCCGUGUCGCCGUGUGGCCGCGGGGCCCGGCGGUGACUCAGCGGGGCCCGGCGGUGACUCAGGGCUGUCCCCGGGGCUCUCCCGCGGCCGCUCCGUGCCGGGCCGCGCGUCGCCGGCGGGGCCGGGCCCGGGGCGGGGCGGUGGCACCGGGGCGGCUCCUGCGGGCCGGGAGCUGCCGGGGCCGGAGCGGCGAGAUGGCGGCGGGAGGAGCCGGCGGGAUCCCGCUCCUGCUCCUGCUGGUGCUGGUGGUGCCGGGGGUGCUGCCCCAAGGCGCUGCCGAGAGGCGCUGCUUCUGCCAGGUUACUGGUUAUUUAGAUGACUGCACCUGUGAUGUAGAAACCAUAGAUGGCUUCAACAACUACAAACUUUUCCCUAGACUGAAUCAACUCCUGGAAAGCGACUAUUUUAGAUACUACAAGGUAAACCUGAAGAAACCUUGUCCUUUCUGGGAUGACAACAGUCACUGUGGAAUGAGGGAUUGUGCUGUCCAGCCCUGCCCCUCUGAUGAAGUCCCUGAUGGAAUCAGAUCCGGAAGUUACAAGUAUUCGGAAGAAGCCAAUAACCGCGAUGGGGAGUGUGAGGAAGCCGAGAGACUCGGAGCCGUCGAUGACUCUUUGAGCACAGAGACCCGGGAGGCAGUGCUCCAGUGGACGCGGCACGACGACUCCUCGGAGAGCUUCUGUGAGGCUGAUGACAUCUACUCUCCUGAUGCCGAGUAUGUGGAUUUACUCCUGAACCCGGAACGCUACACGGGCUACAAGGGGCCGGACGCCUGGAAAAUCUGGAACAGCAUUUAUGAGGAAAACUGCUUCAAGCCUCAGAAUGUAAAAAGACCUUUGGCAUCUGGUAGAGGAGAUGAUGAAGGGCACACAUUUUACAAGUGGCUGAAAGGUGUCUGUGUGGAGAAACGAGCUUUCUACAGGCUCAUCUCUGGUCUCCACGCCAGCAUCAACAUCCACCUCAGUGCCAGGUACCUCCUACAAGAUACGUGGUCAGAGAAGAGAUGGGGCCCCAACGUCACCGAGUUCCAGCAGAGGUUUGAUGAAGUUCUCACCAGAGGGGAAGGUCCCAGAAGGCUCAAGAACCUCUAUUUCCUCUACCUGAUCGAGCUGAGGGCCCUUUCCAAAGUGCUGCCCUUCUUUGAGCGCCCGGGGUUCCGGCUGUACACAGGGAAUGAAAGCCAGGAUGCGGAAAUGAAAGACCUGUUGCUGGAAAUUCUCCACCUGGCCAAGUCUUUCCCGCUGCAUUUUGAUGAAAACUCCUUCUUUGCAGGGAACAAAAAGGAAGCUGCUAAACUAAAGGAGGAAUUUAGGCUGCACUUCAAGAAUAUUUCCAAGAUCAUGGACUGUGUUGGCUGCUUCAAAUGUCGGCUGUGGGGGAAGUUGCAGACACAGGGCUUGGGAACAGCCCUGAAGAUCCUCUUCUCUGAGAACCUCAUUGAAAAGAUGCCUGAGAGUGGCCCUUCCUAUGGGUUCCAGCUGACCAGACAGGAAAUUGUGGCCUUAUUUAAUGCCUUUGGAAGGGUUUCAACCAGCGUGAAAGAACUGGAAAACUUCAGGAAUAUCUUGCAAAACAUGCGGUGAAUUCCAUGGAGAGAGAGAGAGAGAGAGAGAGAGAGAGACUUAUGGACAAACACCAUUGUUGCAUCACACUCCAACUUACACCAUGAAAACCACUUGCUGGGCCUCCUGUUCCCAGCUGAUUGUCUGUAACCUGCUGAUGAGGGAUUUUGUACAAGGGAAAAAAAAAAAAAAGCUAUUUUUUUUUUUUUGUAUAAAAGUUGGGGACCGUCUGUAAAUUGUAUUUUAUAUAUUGGAAGAUCAUUUGGAAUAACUCCUCGAAAUGUUGCUGUGCUAUUUGGAUGGAUCAGACCCAUAUUGCUUUGCCUUCAGAAGCUGGAGGCGGGGCAAGAACCGUGCCAUUGAAUAAAUUUGGAGGGAAAUUC